AUUCGUUGCGAUGAACACUCACGUGAUUGCUGUCAAAAAGUCGGGUUCACACGGAUUCGAGAAUACAUUGGCAAGUGAAAAAUAUCAGCAGACGAUAACAAAAAAUGACCCGUUGACCCAAAUAAAUGCAGAAAUUAUUAUGAAAAAAAAGCUAUCCAGGGCUCAACCCGACUGGUUGGAAACUGAAGAUGUUGACGAUGAAAAUUACGGUUCCGGCAGUGAUAUGGAUGAUGGAUCCAAUGAUACUCAAAUAAAUAAUACAAGUAGAUCAGAGUCUGACUCGUACAGCAAAAGUGAAUCAGCCACCGAAGGCUCAGUAUCUAAUGAUCAAAACAAUACCAAAGACCCAGACAACGACAGUGAUGAAAAUGAAAAUUUCUUGCUCGGAAAAGACAAAAAAACACAAUGGUUUGAUGAUCCACCAAACUAA